GCGAGACGCCCCGCGAGACGGCGAUCGUGUGGAGCUUCUCGCGCCGGCACCUCAAGUGCGCGCUGCUGCUGCGCGAGCACGAGGCGGAGGACGCGCCGCCCCCGCUCUCCGACAAGUACAUCGCCGCGGCGAUGGCGCGGCUGGCGGCGGCGGCCCUUCCGUCGGAGCUGCUCUCUGCGUACAUGCGCGCCGGCUCCGCGCUCGGCGACGUCGGUAUGAUCAAGAACCUCGCCGCGGCGCCGACCAGCCUCGCCUUGCGUACCGGAAGGGCGCAGCCCGACCUCGUCAACGUGCCCGACGCGACGGGGCGCACGGCGCUGCACGCCGCAUGCGAGAAUGGGCAC